CCGCCGCCCCGACGACGCCCUCCCGCUCCGACCACAGUCACUCUCUCACUGUACUCACCGUAAUAUCAAUCACCCACCACCACCACCACAAACACGCUCUUUACCGGUUCGCCGGAGCCAGAAACGAAUAUCCGAAACUCCUGAAACAGCAACAGCAGCGGUCGCAUCAUCAUCAUCACCAUCCUCAUCUCAUACUCACCACAAGAGCGACGCGUGAGAUUUAACAGACUGACAACUGCCACACGCGCGAUACCAAUGCUUCAGCAGUCGACGUCACAGUAGGAGCCCUCCUGCCUGUUUGCGAACUCACAUCGCACCGCACCGCAUCACCCCCCGAGCUCGGUUUCCUCGCCUAUCUCGCCAUUGCCAGAACAGUGCACCGCACCGCCAUUAGGCACCACCGCGGCCGCGCUACCAAGAGAACUGAGGAGCGGUCAAUAUGCACUCCAAUAUGGCCCUGAGUGAGGCCUACCGGAAAAAGAUCAAACGUGCAGCAGAUGGAAUCGUGCAGGAGGCUACGAAUGUCAUGGCGAAGCGGAGCACCACCAGCAGCAGCGCCAAGGCGACGUGUACUGACAAGAACCUGUGCGAAACGCCCGCGAAGCAACAGAAUGUGCAGAAUAUUGCUAUUGCCAUGGGUGUCAUCGUUCCUUUAGUCAUUGCUGCUGUCAUCCUCGCCGUCUUGCACCGCAGAAUGCGCACGAAGCAGAAGCAUGAAGACUUGCAUGACCCGCAUAAGUCCUUGGAUUUUGGCAUGGACGGCGUGGAGCCAGCCUAUGCGAAAUCGAACCGAUCCAAGAAUUCAAAAAAGCAGCAUCCUGAGAUGAGCGUGCAGGAGAUCAGCGGCCAUGGACGGCCAAAGCGAACUCCCGGGCUGUCAAUGGACAUGAACAUUGGCAGUCCCUACAUGCUACCACCGGGACUCAACGGCUCCCACGAAUCGAUACAUAGCUUGGCGAGGACGCAUGAUGAACACGAUCCAUAUCGGCCUGUGACCCUGAUGCGACCUUCCACCGAUGGCGGGUCCAUCCGAACGGGUCGCUUCCAGGGCGACAACGGCUCGCUGUAUUCCAUGUCCACAGGACAUCACUCCACGCUGCAAGACAAAGCGGGGCUGCUCGCUCACGCUCGCCCCAUGUCUCAAACCGUGCUGGAGAAGCGAGCAGAUUCAAUGUCACCGCGAGAGAUCACUACCUCUGGGGACUUGCCGCUACCUCGUCAAAAGAACGGCUCGAUCAGCCGAAGUAAUGUGCCUCCCGCUAUCCACAACCCAGGUCCGGACAAGAGCCUCCCCGGAAUUCUUGAAAAGGAACUUCAGGUCGCCCCACGCGAGGCUUUGCCUUCUCCUUCGAUCGUCAUCAACGAGCCUACGGUUCCUGAGCCAGUGGCCAAGCAGCUACCACCACCUCCCCCUAGGAUGUCCAGCACCACUGCUUCCACUUCCUUCAACUCCAGAGGCGACUCUAUGCUGACUGCUGAUCAAUCCAGCCGACCAGAGUCCAGCAACUAUGGAGACGACGAGCCUGCUGCUCCUGUUUCCAGGGCGCCUCUUCACACCGUGACAGUCACCGAUCACGAUGCACCGUACGACAUCGAUCCGAUGAUGAUCUACACGGAGUAUGGUAACGAGGAUCCGACGCCUGCCAGUGCAUUCUCUGAACGCAAACAAAGUCUGGCUGCACCCAUCGCAGCUGGUAACAGGCUCUCUGUUAUGGGCGUCAGGCCGUUACCACCUGACGUGCCCGAGGACAAUCCCGAAGUCCGCGCAAAUAGAAUUCGCUCGUUCUACAAGGAGUACUUUGAUGACAGCAAGCCACACCCUGCGAAUGCGCAGUAUACCGAGCCUGGCUACGUGUAUGAUGACAGCUACCUGGACGGUGUAGUGUACGAUCCAGCCAGCGGUGGAUAUUACGCGCAGGAGCAGCACCCAAAGCCAUGGGCACAAGGCCCUGCUCGAAGAGCCAUGACGCCGCCACCCCGCGCCAGACCGCGCGUGAGCGAUAACUCGUCCACCGGCUUCCAUUACCACUCGAGACGCCCAUCACUGGCAUACUCGACCAUGUCCGGUGGUGGACCCAGAGGACGACCCAUGCCCAAGAAGGUGCUCCCACCUCCGAAAGCACUCAACAGUCUGCCCACACCGCACAAACUCAAAGAGGACGACAUGGUCUUCAACUCGAUGGACUUUGCGCCGCCAAGCUCGUUCCGUGAGCUGCAGAAUGGUCGACGACCAGACUCACCUUUGGGCGUGUCACGACCAUACAGUCCGAGCGUGCGUGCUUUCACGCCAUUGGCAUCAUCUUUCGACGCGUUAGACGUGCUACCAUCCCCUCACCAUCUGAGAAGAUCUGGAACAUUUACCGCCUUGGACUUUGCACCACCAUCCAAGAUCCGUGAUCCGGCUGGAAAUAGCGGAAGUGAUGCUGGCAGUAUACGCAGCAAUCGCUCGGGUAUUUCUGCCAUGCAGCAACACGCCGUUCGAGAUGGCGCCUAUCGUGUAUCGCGUAUACCGAAAGAGAUGGUCACCACGAGAGACGACCUCGCCACACAACUCCGUCCCAAGAUGGACUUGACAAGCUAUGCUUAGAACUCGAGUUUGGAAAGCGACCUUUGCCAUUGCCCAUAACGAGCGUUACGAACCACCAUUGCAUUUAGACUCGGCGCGACAUCAUUGCAUCAUGACCCUAGCCCUGCGUAGUGCACACAGCUGCCACGGAAUCCUUUCUUCACUUUUGCUUGCAACACUAUAGAUGUCAUGCGGACCUGGGGUCUGGGUGGGGUUUGCACAUACACAACCAGCGACCCAGUCUUACACGAACGCUGGGACAUAUUGAAUUCUUUUCUUGUCAUUCAUUUGAAAACUGCAUUAGAAGAUGGCGGGAUGAGGCGCCUUUUUUUUCCUCGGGGCAUUUUCUGGGGAGGGAGGCGGCAGUACCUGUCGUACACAACCCACUACCGUGUGCGAAGGUGAGAAGGGAAGCGGGAAGGCGUCGAAACAUAGAGAGGAUUAAUGUUUGAGCGGUAUUGACAGGUAUUGUUUCCUGAUAUAUGGGAGGAUCAGGAGCGCUGGAGGAAGAGAAUACGGGGGAAGUGGAUGGGGAAGUGUACAUAUCGGCCCCCCGAGGCUUGCCAUGGGGCAGUCUGGGAAAGUCCACACGAAAAUGAAAGUAACAAUUCAACGCGUUCCUCUUUCAGCGAAGCUUAUAUCGUACCUCCCUUCUAUCGAUAGCAUGGUCCUGAUCCUGCAGCAUGCCGAGGAGUUGCAUCACAGAAGGAGAAGGAGGAGGAGGAGGAGGAGAAGAGAAGGAAAAAGCUCAGUUCGUGGAAUGAAACGACCUCAGUAAGUUCAGUUUCUACCUAGGUACCUAAAUUUGACAUUACUGUCAAAAUUGGGUACGCCAUAGAGAGGCCGAGGCAGCCUGAGGCAAGGAACU